AUGACAAACCCGUUUGAUCCUGAUCUGAAAGAUCUUAUAAACAUCGCCAGUGGGGAGGUGGCAAAUCCUUGCGUGGUGACUGAUAUGCUAGCCGCAAAAGAAAUUGGUGAAAGAAAAUUCAAAGAGUUUGUGGACGACAAAGUCAAAGCUGGAAAGCCAGAUAUAUUUACAACAAUAUCGAAAACAAAUCUAAAGACCUUUACGAAACAAAAUGUCAAAUCGCAAGUAAAAACGAAGAAAGGUGAGAUCGUUGAACUAAGAAACGAUGCAAAGUUUAUCUCUCGUUUGUUGGCAAUCGGUGAAUCUAGAGAAGUUGAUAUGAAAAAUCUUAUGUCGUACAGUUUAAGAAAGUUCCCACAUCCUUUUGCAACAGUUGAUGGUGAACUUGUGAAAAGCCCAAAAUGCAAACUUCUUCAUGAAUUGGUUGGCCGUGUAACUGAUCCACUGGUUGAAACGACACAGACGUCAGGAGCCUUGUUACUAGACGCGAUGGCAAUGUUGCAGACAUUGAAAUAUAUUCCCCAAACAUUUGGAGAACUAGCGGGGAAGAUUUUGCAGAUGCUUUUAGGUUGUGCCAGAACUGCAAAUGCAGAAAGAGUUGACUUUGUAAGCGACAGAUAUCCUGCU